ACUAUUGCCCAGUAAACUCCCUGGUCCUCCUUACACAAGAAAGGAAAUCCUGACUUGAACACACAAGUCAACGUUCUUGUCUUGAGGUUGAACUUCCUAAAACGCAAAUAAAGUGUUCAUUCUCCAAGACUCCUUUUCCUUGAAACUUACCAACAAAAUACUCUUGCACUCAGAAACUGAGAAGAGAGAGGAAGAGGGAGAGAGAAAAAGAAAGAAAAAAAUGAAUUCACCCAAAUCUUCUGCAUCACAGAGCACAGAGAAAGGAUGCUUCUCUUCCCAAGUGUUCUUAUGGACUGUUGCUGGGAUCUCCAUCCUCCUACUCAGUGCCUGUUUUAUCACUAGAUGUGUUUUGACUUAUCACAUCUUUCAACUCUGUGGUGAGAAAAACUUCCAUUCGUAUGAAGAGUUCAUGGAAUUCUCUUGCUACAAUAAUGGAUCAGGUUGCUGUCCAUUGAACUGGGUACAUUUUCAAUCUAGCUGCUAUUUUUUUUCUACUAACACCAUGACCUGGUCAGCAAGUGUAAAAAACUGCUCAAGCAUGAACGCUCAUCUGGUAGUUAUCAACACACAGGAGGAACAGGAAUUUCUUUUCCAUGCAAAACCUAAAAAUAGAGAGUUUUAUAUUGGACUGACAGACCAGGAGACUGAUGGUCAAUGGAAAUGGGUAGAUGGCACACCUUUCAUGAAGUCUCUGAGCUUCUGGGAUGCAGGGGAGCCCAACAACCUAGCUACACUGGAGGACUGUGCUACAAUAAGAGACUCUAAAAAUCCUAGGCAAAAUUGGAAUGAUAUGAUCUGUUUCCUUAAUAUGUUUCGGAUUUGCGAAAUGCCUGAAAGAAAUGUUUUGAACAUAGAAAAGUCUUCAAGAGCAAAAGGCACAACUUAGAUGUGUAAACGAGGAGGGACAAGAGCAUGAAUACAGCCACAACUGCAACAUGAGAAAUGCACGCAUUGCACUUCAGAAGAACUUCACAGUGUUUGCUGCGUUGGUGUAAAUAAAAAUAACUAGUUUUGAAUGUUAUAAUUCAUGAUACUGACUGAAGUGCACUUUUC